AUGGACUCGAGGAUUGCCAUGAGGCCGACCAGGCCGCAGACCGUCAAGGAGCUGGUGGCUCAGGCGGAGAACUUCAAGUUCAACACAAACAUUCCGGUUAAGCACUGGACACGUGCGGCUGAGACGCUGUACCAAGAGGCUUCGUUUGCAGUCUCGGAUGGCGAUUUCGGAAGAGCUUACAUGAUGCUGUAUCGACACUCCGUGCUGGUCCUCAAGUACAUCCCGACACAUCCACAGUUCAAAGAUCCCGACAACAAAAAGGUGUACAAAGUGCUAUCGCGACGCAUACCGCGUGUCAUCCAAGACCUAGAACAACUGAAGCCCGAGAUCGAGAAUGCCGUCAAAGAAUGGGAACGAAUGGCGCUUUCGAAUGCCGAGCCCGAACCAUCGUCGCGAUAUGAACAGUUUGCAGCGCGCGAUCCGAGUCUAACGGGCAAUGCCAAGAUUCUGGAUGCGUUUGACAACCAGGAUCUGGCUGUUGAUCUUGCGCAGAAGGAAUUGAUGAGGAGGGAUACUGCGCGGAGGGCUACGAGACAGGCGGGGAUCACGGAUGAGGAUAUCAUGUCGAGAAGAAGAGGUGGGAGGUGGGAUCAGUGGGAUGGGGCAAGAGUUGGGGAUGAUGAGGAUUUGAGGCGGCAGAUGGAGGCGACGAGGCAUGCUCUUGAUUCGGCGCAGGAGAGACGGACUGAUGAUGAUUACCGACCGACGUCGCAUACGUACAAUUACCCAUCAAUCUCGAGACCACGGGCCGUUGAAUACGAAGGCCAAACACCAAUACCUUCAAUACAGCCGAGUCGACCACCCAAAGAACCCGUUGCUCCUCCGCCAAAAGAACCUCUACACACACCAUCAUUACAAAGUCUCCCACCAGCUCUUCCUCAAAAAGUUCCUCUACCAGGCUACGCACCUCUCAUCCCCUCACCGUCACCCCAACCCGCCCGUCCCGAAGUCCCCCGCAAAGAAGCCCUCGAC